AUGACCCGCUUCAACACAGAAAUCUUGCAGAUCAGGGACAAGGAUGAAAAGGUAGUCAUGGCUGCCUUCGUAAACGGGCUCAGGGUGGAAGAGCUUUUCUACAAGCUCGCCGAGAAGCCUCCCGUUAACCUGGAAGAGCUCUUGACCAAGGCGCACGCUACGGCCAAUGCGGAGGAGGCAGCUCGCCUGAAGAAAGAGUCACAUCGGGAGCUUGGAAAUCGGAGAGGACGGAUAAACCCCCCCGAGAACAGGGACGGCCCGGCCGCGAAGAAUGUUUUCGACCCGCUCUCAAAGGAUAAAGCCCCCUCUCAACCGCUGCUUCUAGAAAAAGGCUACACCCCUCUCACUCGGCCCAGAGCCCAGAUUCUGGCCGUCAUGGAGGCGGAGGGCCUAGUGGAGCAACCACCUAAGAUGGGGACACCCCGGAACAAGAGGAACCAGGACCGCUACUGCGCCUUCCACCGUGACGUGGGGCACGAUACGGAGGGGUGCUGGGCUCUGCGGAAGGAGAUCGAAGAUCUGAUUCAGCGAGGUUUCCUAGGGCAGUUCGUGCGGCCAGGUCGACCCGGCCAGGGGCCAGGACGCGGGGACCGGGGGGAGGCCAAGCGUCGCGACCGCCCUGAGCGCCGUGACUUUUCCCGGGCCGACUACCCCGACCCGGACACCCAGAACCUAGCAGAGGUGAUUAACACCAUCGCUGGGGGCCCUACGGGGGGGGGACAGCCAUGCAACCAGGAAGAACCGGUGACCUCCCCCCGAGGGGGAUGA